GGGCGUCCGCGCCCGGGCGGGAUCGGGAACAGGAGUGGGAACGGGAGCGGGGCCGGCGCCGGCCUCGGCAUGUCGGGCGAGUGAUCCCGGCCGGGCGCUGUGGCCCGGGGAAGUGCGGACAGGGGUCGGGCGCUCCCCCUGGGGGAGCCGCGGUGCCGGCGGCGCCCGUGGCCGCGCGGGGCCCCCGCGGGCUCAGGGGUGGGCGGAGCGGGGGGGGCUCCGGCCGCCUCUCCCACCCCCGCGGGCGCCGGGCGCGCAGGCCGGACCCGGGCCCCGCGCUCCCCGCCGAGCCGCCCGAGGAGGGGGAGCAGAGCGCGGCAGGGACAUGGAGGGCGCCCGGCCGGAGGCGCCCGCGCCUGGCCCCGUCUAGGGCGCCCCGCGGGCCUCGUCCCUCCUCCUCCUCGGAGCGGGGCCGCGGCCGCGGCCGGGCGCGGCGAGGAGCGGGACCGGGGCUGCUGCACCACAGGAGGAGCCGGCCCAGGAAGAAAAUGAAAAUAUUUUCUGAGUCUCACAAAACUGUUUUUGUUGUGGAUCACUGCCCCUACAUGGCAGAAUCAUGCAGGCAGCACGUGGAAUUCGAUAUGUUAGUGAAGAACCGCACCCAGGGCAUCAUUCCUCUGGCACCCAUCUCCAAGUCCCUGUGGACCUGCUCAGUGGAGUCAUCCAUGGAGUACUGUAGAAUAAUGUAUGAUAUUUUCCCUUUCAGGAAACUGGUGAAUUUCAUUGUGAGUGAUUCUGGGGCUCAUGUGUUGAAUUCUUGGACACAAGAAGAUCAGAACUUGCAGGAGCUGAUGGCAGCGCUGGCGGCUGUGGGGCCCCCGAACCCGCGGGCAGACCCCGAGUGCUGCAGCAUCCUGCACGGGCUGGUGGCCGCUGUCGAGGCACUCUGCAAGAUCACCGAGUACCAGCACGAGGCCCGCACCACGCUCAUGGAGAACGCUGAGCGCGUGGGCAACAGGGGCAGGAUCAUCUGCAUCACCAACGCCAAGAGUGACAGCCAUGUUCGGAUGCUGGAGGAUUGUGUUCAGGAGACCAUUCAUGAGCACAACAAGCUUGCAGCUAACUCUGACCAUCUAAUGCAGAUUCAAAAAUGUGAACUGGUGUUAAUCCACACGUACCCAGUUGGUGAAGACAGCCUUGUUUCAGAUCGUCCUAAAAAAGAGCUCUCCCCUGUUUUAACCAGUGAAGUGCACAGUGUCCGUGCAGGGAGGCACCUGGCUACAAAACUGAAUCUUUUAGUACAGCAACACUUUGAUCUGGCUUCAACCACAAUAACUAACAUCCCCAUGAAGCCCACAUUCAAUGUCUGUGAUCAGGAGGAACAACAUGCUAACACAUCAGCCAACUAUGAUGUGGAGCUGCUUCAUCACAAAGAGGCACACGUGGAUUUUUUAAAGAGUGGUGAUAACCACGUGGGUGGCAAUAGCAGAGAAGGCACAUUCAAAGAAACUGUGACACUGAAAUGGUGCACACCUCGAACCAACAGUGUGGAACUGCAUUAUUGCACUGGAGCAUACAGAAUUUCACCAGUAGAUGUAAAUAGCAGACCUUCUUCAUGCCUUACAAACUUUCUCCUUAAUGGUCGUUCGGUGUUGUUGGAGCAGCCACGCAAGUCUGGCUCAAAAGUCAUCAGCCACAUGCUCAGCAGCCACGGGGGAGAGAUUUUCUUGCAUGUGUUGAGCAGCUCACGCUCAAUUCUGGAAGAUCCCCCCUCCAUUAGCGAAGGCUGUGGCGGGAGGGUCACUGACUACAGGAUCACAGAUUUUGGUGAAUUUAUGAGGGAAAACCGAUUAACUCCUUUUCUAGAGCCCAGAUAUAAGAUCGAUGGAAGUCUUGAAAUUCCAUUGGAACGUGCAAAAGAUCAGUUAGAGAAACAUACUCGUUACUGGCCUAUGAUUAUUUCUCAGACCACCAUCUUCAACAUGCAAGCUGUAGUGCCAUUAGCCAGUGUGAUUGUAAAGGAAACAAUGACUGAUGAGGAUGUGCUGAAUUGUCAAAAAACAAUAUACAAUUUGGUAGACAUGGAGAGGAAGAACGAUCCACUGCCAAUUUCAACAGUUGGUACCAGAGGAAAGGGGCCAAAAAGGGAUGAGCAGUACCGCAUUAUGUGGAACGAGCUGGAGACCCUGGUCCGAGCACACAUAAACAACUCUGACAAACACCAGCGAGUCCUUGAGUGUCUCAUGGCGUGCAGGAGCAAACCCCCAGAGGAGGAGGAGCGCAAGAAACGAGGCAGAAAGAGAGAAGACAAAGAGGACAAAUUGGAGAAGUUGGGCAAAGACUAUGAAUCAGAUAAGCCAUGGCAGGAAUCAGAGAGGUUAAAAGGUCUUUUGGAUCGGGAGAAAGAAGAACUGGCAGAAGCUGAAGUUAUCAAAGACUCCCCUGAUUCUCCUGAGCCCCCCAACAAAAAGCCUCUCAUUACAAUGGAUGAAAUGCCCACAGUUGAAAAGGCAAAAGGGCCAAUGUCAUUGCUGUCUUUAUGGAGCAACAGAAUUAAUACUGCCAACUCUAGGAAACACCAGGAAUUUAUUGGUCGGUUGAACUCUGUCAACAACAAAGCUGAGCUGUAUCAACAUCUAAAAGAAGAAAAUGGAAUGGAAACAACAGAAAAUGGAAAAGCAGGCCGGCAGUGAGGAUUAAUUCUGUUUCUUGGGACAAAACUUGGCCAAAAUGCAAAAAUAUUUAAUGCUGGAAUUGCUCUUGGUACUGUUUCAGUAAAAUUGUAUAGCUGCGGUUUGAUUGGUUUUUACAUUUUUCUAGUCCUAUUUUUGCUAUGAAGUAUGAAACCUGCAUAUCACGUUAAACCAGCUGUGUGCAAACAGGAGCUGUCCUGAAGCGUUUUCCAGUUGUGCUUUAGGAUGAAGAAAAUCUCUGCUGUCAUGGAGUAAAUCAAGUAAUCAAAAAUGUUUGUCAUCCUAAAGACCUUGCCCAGAAGUAUUGGAUACUAUUUCAAAAUCAGUGAUGACUAUCGUUAAAAAAAAAUUCAAGUAAUUUACAGUAAGCUGAUAACAUUGUUAAUUUUGGUUCAUGAACACCUUUUAUUUAUAUGAGGAUUCCUCAGGAGUUCAGAAUUAUGGAAAAGACCUCACACUGAGUACCCAGACACUGAGCUGAGGGAGUGCCAGUCUUGGUUUUCAUCUGAGGGGUUGGGAGGGUGAGGGGUUUUACAGAUAGAAAUUACUGGUUUAAAGACUUUUAAAAAAUGGAAUGGAAAUGGUGUUUAGAAAGCAAAGCCUUUCAAGUUGUUGUGUUGGAGUUAAGGCUUUGUAAGCAAAAGUACAAUAAAUUUUUUUGCUAAUAGUUA